GCACAAGUAGACAAAUUAUCGUGUGUGAGAAAAACAACAAAAUUCAUAGAAAUGGCAAACCCAAAGGUUUACUUCGAUAUGACGAUUGGUAGCCAACCGGCCGGUAGGACUGUUAUGGAGCUCUUCGCUGAUGUAGUCCCUAAGACCGUCGAGAAAUUCCGCACACUUUGCACUGGCGAGAAAGGCGUUGGCAAGUCCGUCAAGCCUUUGCACUACAAAGGACCAUCCUUCCACCGUGUGAUCCCUGAUUUCAUGUGCCUGGGUGGAGACUUCACCGCUAAGAACGGUAUAGGCAGAGAAUCGAUCUACGACACUAAAUUCGCUGAUGAGAAUUUCGUGAAGAAUCACACAGGUCCCGGAAUCCUCUCCAUGGCUAAUGCUGGGCCUAGGACCAACGGAUCUCAAUUUCUCAUCUAUACCACCAAGACUCAAUGGCUUGAUGGAAAGCACGUGGUCUUCGGACAGGUGGUUGAGGGAAUGGAUGUUGUGAAGUCCAUCGAGAAGGUUGGAUAUAGUUCUGGAAGGACCUCCAAGCCUGUUGUUGUCGCUGACUGUGAUCAACUCUCUUAGAUCUAUCUAGUGAAGAUCUGUUGUUAUAUCAAAGAUCUGAUGAUGAUUCUUUGUUUUCAUUUUUAUGACUAUUUUAGUUUGCUGUUGGGUUUGUGUUCGGGUUGUGCUACGAGAGACUAGAUUUUAAUCUGAAUUUCCCUCAUAAAUAAGAUUCAUGCAACUUUUUAUGCUUAAUAAACAC